AUGUUUUGGAUCCAGAGAGAUUACUACAAUGUCCAUAUAGUAAACAUCAUCGAAUCAGAGCCUGUCGGUUUCCCUAUCACCUUGUGAAGUGUGGGAAGAGCAACCCUGAAGUUGCAAAGCAGUUGGCCACGUGCCCCUUCAACGCUCGCCAUCUAAUUCCUCGAGCUGACCUCAGCAAUCACAUAACAAAGUGUGAUGACAAAGAGUUAACUGAGCAAGAUACAGUGAAUCAGUCCUCUGGCUUCCGAAGGGAGCAGAUGAAUGCUGUGAGCACAUGGCAGCCACCUCCAUGCGACGAAGACUGGGAAGCAGAGUCAUCAGAGCAGUCAGAUCCUCCUUUUGUCUGGGGCAUGACCAGUUCUGCCAUAACCAGGUAG